GAACUAGGAUUUUCCCCGUUGAGCAGGAUUGCUGCCGCUGCUCGGUCGGAUCAGUUUACGUUGUUCUUCUUUGUUUCUCUCUAUCUUCCCUUCUCUAUGCACACUGCACAGCACACUGACUGUUAUUGCAGUUAUCCUACACUUCCUUAUUUUCGCCUUCUGAUCCUGAAAAUCGGCUGCUUUCUAAUAGUGUGUUCUGCCUGACUGAAUGACUGCAAUGCAAGCCAUUUGUUACUGCUGUUGCUGCUGUUGUUAUCGUUAUUCCUUUCUAGGCACCGCGAUUUGUUUGUGUUAUUCCACAGUGCAAUGUGAGGUGAAAGAGAUCUUUUUUGCUUGAGUCGUGCACAAUCCGACAACCAAUGCGUCAGUCUUGCUCAAUCUCUUUAAACGUGCAAACGUGGUUAAGAUCCUUCGCUCCUCGGCGUAAAGGAGUUUUUGGUUUCGGUUGGAAUUUAAAUCUCUGGUUGUUCUGGUUCUUCGCAUUCUCGCGGCCACGAUGGUUUGCUUCUCGGAUAUCAAAUUUCACGGUUAUUUCAUUGGGACGCUGGCCGGGCUGUUGGAAAUGGCUUCGCUGGGUCUGUCGCUGUACUCUCACUGCGUGGGCGGGAAAGGUGGCGGUGAAAAUGGAUUAGCAGGGGACCUGCAAGAUUUGGUCAGCACAUCGUUUGCAGAUUAUAUUGGAGAUGGACUUAUUGUGAUUGCAGUCGGACUGAUGAUUUACGGGAUUUACAAGGAAAAUCGCUACUGCCUAAUCCCGUUCACCCUGGCCAUUUGCUUCGACUGGGUGUCCUACAUUGUGCUUAAUCUGGACCGCUCGCUGCCCGGUCACGUGUGGCUUCUGACAUCAGCAUUCUUCAUCUACGUGCUGGUGGCAAUGAUUGGCCUGUUUAUUCUGUUCAGCAUGGUAAUCGAAACGCCAAAGGAUACCGAUCGUCGAUUUGUGAAAUUUGGCAGUCCGGAUGAGGCUAUCGUAUGAAGUCUGUGUAUGGAAUCCGAUGAAGUUCGAUGAAGGAUGUGUAAAUAUGUAAGAUAGUGUAUGCCUCGCCCAGUGUAAGAUUACCUCUUUUUCUGUCAUUUAAAAAUGUCCUGCCUAAUUUUGUUUACCCAUCUCGAUGGGCACUUAUCAGUAUAGUUCAGCUAUGAACUACUGCUAUGCUAUGCUAUAAUUGAAUGAGAGAAUAAACUAUUAAUUAUAGGUAAGUUCGUUGUAAGUUAGUAAAAUCUACGUUUCUUCUUUGAAAAGUUCAAAUUCUCCCCUCACAAAAAAAUACUUGUGUAACUGAUAAGCGAUUGCCGACGACGUAGGGCACCUAAAGAAACGACAAG